AUGAACGAAUCAUCAACUCCAUCUCCUAGACUGAAACCAUCGUCAGAGGAUCCACAUAAUAUGACAGACGAAGAAGAACAAGAAAAUAACCAACAUGGCAAAGAAUUGACACCUUUACCACAAUUAAAGAAACUAUUAAGUUCUCAUCUGUCAAUUUAUAAUGCUUUAAAUAAUCCCGAUUUAGAUACUUCAUUAGCAAUAGAAACACCAAGACUAUUAACCCCUGAUUUGUUUACUCAACAGCAAUUCUCAAUAACUUCCUGGCAAUCCAUUCCUAGUGAAUUUCAGAAUUCCCCAAUCUAUUCUCAUGCUGCUUUAUCUACUAUGAAACCAAUUGCUAAAACCUCCAGUAUACUUUCAAUUACUUCGGAUGAAGAAAUAAUUACUGAUUCUACCGUUGUUGUACCAUCACCUGAUUCUGUAAUGGUAUUUGAGACUGAUGAAGAAGAAGAAGAUGCUAAUGAAGAUGAAUUGCCAGCCAAUUCAGCCAAUUCAGCCAAUUUGAAUUCGUUUAUAAUGCCUAAAAUGUCAGUUUCAGCAAGUUCUGAAACUACUCAAACUAAUAAUAACAAACUAUUUACAAUUGUUGUUAUUUCAAAUUCAUAUAAAUCAGAAAUUGAUCAAUUAAUUAAAUCAUUGCAUAAUCAAUUCAAUACUACAAUUAAAAUAUUACAUUUUAAUAUGAGUGAAGUAAAUAACGAUGAGAAAUCAAUAUUGGAAGAUUCAGAUUUAAUAUUUAUAAUUAAUGAUGGUUCUACUAAAAUUGUAGAAUUUGUCAAUUCAACAAUAUCAGAUCCUAUUCAAGAAAUUUAUCCGAAAAUAACAAUUGUUAAUUUAAUUACUGUCAAUUAUUUUAUUAAUUUAUUUGAAUUAAUAAAUCGUUUACAUCCCUAUCAGAUUUGGAAAGCGUCAUCAUUGAAUCAAGAUAAUUUGCUUCAUAAAUUUACCAGUUUUAUCGAAUUAGAAUCUGAUAAAGUACUAACCCCUAAAAAUUCCCAACAACUUAUCCCUAGAACCAUGUAUUCAAGUUUGGUAUCUACUAAAAAACCUGAUUAUAAAAUUAUAGAAAAGCAAUUCAAGGUUGAUUUACAAACUUCUACCACUUUUAAUGAUCCAUUAAAAUUAUCUAAAAGUUGUGGCCAAAUUGAAUUAUUUUUCACCAAUUUGAGGAAUUUUUUCAUAUUGGAUGAUGGACUUGGAAGUAAUAAUAAUACUGGUUGGAUAAUAAUUAGCUUUACAUUAGGAAUAGGGUUUGGAAUAGGUAUAACUAGUGGAGCUAUUUCUUUGAUUGGGCAUUAUAUAUCCAAUGGGCUUUGGGGACCUCCUCAAGAUUCAAAACUAUUGCAACCACAGGUGGUACGAAUAGACUCAAAUACAGUAACAAUUGGGAAUGAUAUGUCAACAAAGUUCAAAUUAAUGUUUGAAAAAUUCAUUGAUCAAAUGUUACAAACUUCAUUUGUUUUAUAUACUCGAGAAUUUUGUGAAUGUUAUUUGUUUGACUUUAGUUCUACUGUUAUUGAUUGUAUUAGAGGCGGGUUAGAAAAAGUGUUCUAUUAUACAGCAAUCAUUAGUUAG